UACCAGCUACUGUGUAUGUUAUGUGCCUCAGGAAUACAGGUUUGUCUCAUGGAGAGAGAAGGGGGGAGAGAGCCUGCUAGUCCCUAGAACACAGGAGUGGAGCCUGGCAGGAGAGCAGAGCACAGCAGGCUGCCUCUCCUCUGCUGACUGUAUAUGUCUCUGGUGACAUAGGGGAUCAGCCUGUCUUCAUACCUUUGUACAGAAUAUACCAUGGCAAGAGGAAUAUAUCCCUUUUGGAAUAAGGCACAGGAUUGAUCAGUUUGGCUAGGCUGUUGUUGGGUUGUAAGGGUUUAUGACUGUGUCACAGGCCUGUACAUUCAAAAUGGAAGGUGUGGGGAGGGGUGAGGGCCGUAGCAGGGAGAGAGAACAUUCAUUAGGGGAUCCCAGUGGAUUUAACAGAUGGUAAAGAGACAGCUCAGCAAUGACAGCACAGCAAGAAUGAUUUAGGCCUCAGAGUGGUAUUAGUGCAUGGCACUACUUGUAAUCUUACAACCUCUAAGCAGGAAGUAGUCAAUCAAGAUGAACUAUUAAAAAGGCAUAUCCUGAUGGUUGUACAGUCAGGGUGUUUUUCCAGACUACUGUUUAUAACAAUGGGUAGUAUUCACAUUCUUGUUUUAGCAUGUAGAAUCAUUGAACAUGUUUCGUCUGGGUUUAAACCAACAUAUACAGUACUGUUUUUAAACAACAAGCUGAAAUAAAAUGUCUCUGAAUGUUAGAUUAUAUGCCUCAACAGUUUAGUAUCUGGUGAGAAAAUCUGCCUAAUGUUAUUUUUCAGUUCACAGCUUUCUCUUUGCUGUGGAGUGGCAUCCAUUUCAGAGAGCUUCCCCUUUCUGUGCCUCGGGUCUAGACACUCUGGGUGUUUGUAUGUGAAGCCUGAUGAAGGGAAGCAAGGCUGCUUCAGACAGAGCCUUGGACAAAAGUAUAUAAUUAUCCCAAAAAGGAUAUGAGAAUCUCUACGUCUCUAGUGGAACUCAUAGAAUUUGCGCACAUAGACGAAUGCUGUAUGUCGGCAGAUGUUUUGACAACAACCAUGCAAUAUCUGGCAUGUAACAUCAACUGCCUCAAAUUGAAUUGCCUGAAAAACAGCUUCUAUUACCAGGCCAUCAGACUGUUUAACAGCCAUCACUAGCCAUCCACCAGGUGAUAAACACUCACUCACACAAAACACACACCUCAUACUCACAAACGCAUGCAGCAAAGCCUACUCACACACACAGCCAAUGCUGCUGUCCCAUGUUAUAGAGACUUUAAACCACUGGACACUUUCGGUUUCACACGAAGCAAGAAAACCAUGUCAUGCUGGAACUCAUUUUUAAUUAUUCACCAUACCUGAGUAGUCUGACCUUUCCUAACGACCUUCACGUUGUUCAGAUUUAUUCUCCAUGUUAAACCAUCAUUGUUUUUGUCCAUUAUGAUCUUAAUGGCAGCAUUAGUAUUUAUUUAACUACAAAUAGAGAUCUGGUACUGGUUCUGGUACAAUAAGUAAUAGCAAUACCACUGUUGGUUAAAAGUAUAGAGACAUUGUUAAGGUCCAAGCCCUUAAGGAUUUAUUUGACCAAGAGGUAAUGCCAGUAGGAAAGUAUUGGACAGGGAAAAGGCGUUGGCACUGGCUGCAUGUUCUUCAGUCUAAACCACAGCCGUCCAUUUUGAUUCCGAGGCCUGUGACAUUUCCAGCCCUGUCUUUGUAAGGCCCUUCCUGCAUUCCUGUGAGCCGGUCUACUGGUAAGCUGUGUGUGCUUUCUACAGCAGCUCGCCUCAGCCGGAGCCGUGUGUGUGCAGUGUGCUCAGCAGGCAGGGAGGGAAUGUCUUCAAAAUGGACGCUAUACACACUGCCUCAGAGCCGUGGAGGAAGAGGGAGGGAAUCUGAUACGCUCCCUCUAAGCCUGUGUAACUGCAUCCCUCAUGUUUUAGAAAAUGCACACUGCCAGUGAGGGCUAUAUGGACUUUGAGGGACUUGGUUGCAGAGGUUUUGUGAGAGUGAGGAGAAAUCCUCUCUGCAUUGCAGCACUGUGUCUGAGGAAAGAGGGGAGAAUAUAGCCUGUGUGGCACACUAAGCCCGGCGCCCAAUCAGGCAACUCCUCCGUGUGGCGCACAAACCAAUCAGAAGCCCACAGCUGAGGUUAAAGAUUGACAAUCGCAGAGAGAGCAGCAGGAAGAGCAAGGCCCUUCUGGAAAAUUCUGCUUUGUCUCAUCCCCCACCGGCCUCACUAAUUGAAAAAAAAAAAAAAAAGCCUGAAGAAUUCUGUGCGUAAAGAGAAAAAAGUGUGGCUGAGGAGGAGGUGAAGACUGAGUCGGAUGCAGUAGAGGGGAUGGAGAUCUCUACACGAUCCAAAGUUUCAGUCCCUGGGUCAGUGGAGCGGGCGGCGCAGAAACGAAAGGUGCCCAGCCCCCCUCACUCAUCCAACGGUCACUCCCCUGCUGAGACCUCCUCCAGCCCGGUCAAAAAGAAGAAGAAACCAGGAGCAGUCAGCAGCAGUAAAGACCAGUCAGAACUAAGACAUGGUCCCUUUUACUAUGUGAAGCAGCCAGCACUCACCACAGACCCUGUUGAUGUUGUACCGCAGGACGGCAGGAAUGACUUUUACUGCUGGCUGUGCCACCGCGAGGGCCAGGUGCUCUGCUGUGAGCUCUGCCCGAGGGUGUACCAUGCCAAGUGCCUCAAACUGCCCGCAGAGCCCGAGGGUGACUGGUUCUGCCCUGAGUGUGAGAAAAUAACAGUUGCUGAGUGCAUAGAGACUCAGAGUAAAGCAAUGACGAUGCUAACACUAGACCAGCUGUCUUACCUGCUAAAGUUUGCACUCCAGAAGAUGAAACAGCCAGGUGACCAACCACGCUCGUCAUCUCACUCCCCCCAUGCAGCCGCCACGCAGAGAAAGGCUUUUAAUUGGACGGAACCCUUCCAGAAGCCAGUAUCUCUUGAACAGCAUCCGGACUACGCAGAGUAUAUUUUUCACGCCAUGGACCUAUGUACAUUAGAGAAGAAUACAAAGAAGAAAAUGUAUGGCUGUACCGAAGCUUUCUUGGCAGAUGUGAAAUGGAUUUUACACAACUGCAUAAUUUAUAAUGGAGGAAAUCAUAAGCUCACUGCCACAGCUAAAGUCAUAGUGAAAAUCUGUGAACAUGAGAUGAAUGAGAUUGAAGUCUGUCCGGAAUGCUAUCUGUCAGCUUGCCAAAAGAGAGACAACUGGUUCUGUGAGCCAUGUAGUGAUCCUCACCCUCUGGUGUGGGCCAAGCUGAAGGGGUUUCCAUUCUGGCCUGCCAAAGCAUUGCGGGACAAAGAUGGGCAGGUGGAUGCUCGCUUCUUUGGGCAACACGACAGGGCGUGGGUCCCCUUAAACAACUGCUACCUCAUGUCCAAGGAGAUUCCCUUCUCUGUGAAGAAGACUAAGAGCAUCUUCAACAGCGCCAUGCAGGAAAUGGAGGUCUACGUGGAGAACAUGAGGAAGAAGUUUGGAGUGUUCACCUACGCCCCCUUCAGGACGCCCUAUACCCCUGACAACCAGUACCAGAUGUUGCUGGACCCCGCCAAUCCCUCAUCCGGCUCGGUCCGACCGGAGAAGCAUGAAAAGAUCAAGUUCAACUUCGACAUGACUGCAUCUCCCAAGAUGCCCUUGUCCAGGAGCGUGCUGUCAGGAGGGGGCGGGUGCAUGGGCGGGGUUGGAGGGAGUACAGGCCGGAGGAUCUCCCUGACAGAUAUGCCCCGCUCGCCCAUGAGCACUAACUCCUCUGGUCACACAGGCUCUGAUGGAGAGCAGGAGACACCAGACAAGGGCCAGGCUAGAGCCCCAGCUAGCCACUACAGUGCUGGGGAGGAGUCCAUGGACUGCACAGCAUCACCGGCUUCCACUCGACCUGAUCCUGUCUCUGGUGCCAAGGACAGCCCUAAACCAUUCCACUCCCAGGGCCCUGCCCUGCCUCUCGUUCCCAAGCAGGAGAAAGCAACACCCACAGGGAGCAUCCUUAAUCUCAACCUGGACCGAAGCAAAGCCGAGAUGGACCUAAAGGAGUUGAGUGAGACUGUGCAGCAGCAGCAGCAGCAACAGCAGGGGGUGCCACCAGUCCUCACCUCACCCAAAAGACAGAUCAGGAGCCGCUUCCAGCUCAACCUGGACAGAACCAUCAAGAGCUGCAAGGCCCAGCUGGGUAUAGAUGAGAUCUCUGAGGAUGUGUAUAAGGGAGUGGAACACAGCGACUCUGAGGACUCUGAUAAAUCAGAUUCGAGUGACAGUGAGUACGCCAGCGACGAGGAACAGAAACCUAAAGUGGGCCAGCACACUGAGGCCAAUGACAAGGGCGAGAAGGACCCUUCCAAGAGGGGGUCCAAAGACCCCCUGCCCUCCAUCCAAAACAAGGAGGGCAAAACAGAGGGGCCAGGGCCAGCAACUGCAACCAUGGGAGAUGCAGGGGUAGCAUCUACCCUCUCUGAAUCCUUGUCGAAAGAGAAGCAGGGUGUAGAGUCAGACAAAGAGCCGCCAGAGAAAGCCAAAGCAGUCCCUGCGUCCCCAGCCCCCAGAGAGAAGCCCCAGGUGAAGCAGGAGGCCAAGCAGACCUCUCUGGUGGAUGACUCCGACUCUGAGAGGGAGCUGGUGAUUGACCUGGGGGAGGACCAGGGGGGCAGAGACCGGAAGAGGACUAGGAAAGAUGCACACGCCACCAAAGAUCCACCAACCAAUAAGACAGAGGGUAAAGCCCCCACCCCGUCAAGUGCCCUUACUCCAUCUCAAAACAACACAGCCCCUUCCUUAACCCCCAGUGUGAAAGAUUCAUCACAGUCUCCACUAGCCAUCCCUCUAAACAUGGUGCCCUUCACUACUGCUGCUCCCACCACCAUUGGCCCCACCACCCUGGCCAGUGCCACAUCAACAGCCCCCAUCACAGCCUCCUCCGCCACCACAGCAGUGAAGAAACAGCGCCCUCUGCUGCCCAGGGAGACUGUCCCGGUGGUGCAGCGGGCAGUGGUGUGGAACCCCACCAACAAGUUCCAGACGUCCUCCCAGAAGUGGCACAUGCAGAAGGUGCAGCGGCAGCAGCAGAAUCCGCAGCCAGAUACGCCUCAGCUGCAGACAGCAUCUCCUGGCCAGCCACAGACACAAAAAUUGCCCCAAACGCCGACAUCUGCAACAUCUUCAUCAUCAUUAUCGCCAGAGCAACCUUCCCAAAGCACGCGGUACCAGACCAGGCAAUCUGUCAAAGCUGUCCAGCAGAAAGACCCCCCACUCAGUACGUCCACGUCGGCUGUUACCCUGGUGACCAGUAUCCCAGCCUCUGUGGCCAUGAUGGCAGCUCCCGGAGUAGGCAGUGGCCCCUCCACCUCCAUGGCAGGGGACUUUCAGAUCCCCACCGCAUCAGCAGACGUAGCAGCUGACAUCGCCAAGUACACUAAUAAAAUAGUGGAUGCAAUCAAAGGGACGAUGACUGAGCUGUACACCGAGCUUUCCAAAAGCACUUCAGGGAACACAAUAGCAGAGAUAAGACGAUUGAGAAUUGAAAUAGAAAAACUGCAGUGGCUUCAUCAACAGGAGCUUUCAGAAAUGAAGCACAAUCUAGAGUUAACCAUGGCUGAGAUGAGGCAGAGUCUGGAGCAGGAGAGGGAGCGUCUGAUGGCGGAGGUAAAGAAGCAGACAGAAGUGGAGAAACAGCAGGUGGUGGAUGAGACCAAAAAGAAACAGUGGUGUGCCAACUGCAGGAAGGAGGCCAUCUUCUACUGCUGCUGGAACACCAGCUACUGUGACUACCCCUGUCAGCAAGCCCACUGGCCAGAACACAUGAAGUCCUGCACACAAUCAGCGACAGCCUCACAGCAAGAGCCUGAGUCAGGGUCCACGGCAGACCCUGCAAACAAAGCCUCAGGACAGUCCAACAGUGGUCAAACUUCUCCCAGAGAAACGACAGCAUCUGCCCCCACAGACAAAGACUCUAACAUGGAGAAAAGCAAGGACAAUGUCACUGUCAGUCUGUCCUAACACUGAGCCCCUGCCCUGGCAUUGAGUUAUCACACUUGAACCUGUAACAUAAAAUACCGACACCUUCUUAGCUACUGUACAUGGACAUGUUUCGUUAGCAUUAGUCUUUUCAAGCUGCUGCUCUGAAGGUAUCAAAAUACUUUUUUAUUUUAAGUGAUAAUGACCAGAAUUUCAUCUUUCCCAAACGCUAUAAUCAUCCUUCUCCAUCUCAAAUCCAGAUGUACCAUGGGACAAGUAACCACUAGAGAGCGCCACCUGUUCUCUUAAUCACUGUCACCUUGCAUUACACACGCUUUGCAAGCUCAUAGAGAAGCAGCUUUUCAUGGCCAAAUUUGAGGGUUGGGUGUGUGAGGCAGAUGUACAGAAAGUGUAUCUAUUGUUAUACGUAAUAUUAAUAAAACUGUAUUGAGAGUGCAUAAUACAUUUUGGUACUGUGUGAAAGAAUUGGACAGUUUGGUCAAUGAUCACCCAGAUGACCAAACUUAAUGUGAAUGGACCAGAAUGGAACAUGGCUUCAGAUUAUUGUUGAUACAAAUUAUUUUCAACCGCCAUCUUGUAUGUUAAUUUAUUCAUUAUUUAUGCUGGAAUGUUGCCUACAGUUUUAUUGAGGAGAUAAUGUUUGAUGGACUGCCUGUUGAAUUAAGACAUGGUACAGAGAGUUAUAUGAAGCUUUUCCAUUUCAGAAUGUUUUUCUUUCCUCCCGUAGGACUAACGUUCAUCAUAAUGCAACCGACAUUUGUCCUGUAUUCAUAUUUCCGUGUUCAUACUCUUUCAUCUUGUAUUGUUGUCACUGAGAAAUAAACCAUAUUUAUGGCAAACACAGGCCCUGAGAGGGAACAGAAUACAACACUAGUUUCUGAAAGCCCUUGCAUUUUCUAUGUGUCUCCCACACGAUGAUACAAAAACAUAAAUGUAUCUGGUUGGAAAUGAUCGGCUACGGUGAACUGAACACGUCUUUGUAUGUCAGGUUUGAACGCUCUACUACAAUAUAUUCACUCAUCUGCCGGAAACCCCAUUUGAUUUUCAGACUAUUCUCCUACAGCAUACUGUAAUGGAGUCAUUCCUCCCUGUUCCGGUAUAGAGAAGAGACUAAAGGAACUCUGUUGUAUUUCAUGUUUGUUUACAUUCUGUAAAUAAAUAAAGUGUGUUGUUCUGAAACUGUC